AUGGCUUCAGAAAUCAACAUGCCGGGCCCAGUGUGCCUCAUUGAGAACAUUGACCAGCAGUUGGUGGCCAACCAGGAAGCACUGGAUAUCCUGUCUGGUAUCAAGCAGCCUGUGGUGGUGGUAGCAAUAGUGGGCCUCUACCGCACAGGAAAAUCCUACCUGAUGAACAAGCUGGCUGGAAAACAGAAUGGCUUCUCUCUGGGCUCCACGGUGCAGUCUCACACCAAGGGAAUCUGGAUGUGGUGUGUGCCCCAUCCCGAGAAGCCAGGACACACUCUGGUUCUACUUGACACAGAGGGCCUGGGAGAUAUAGAGAAGGGGGACAACCAGAAUGACUGCUGGAUCUUUGCCUUGGCAGUCCUCCUCAGCAGCACCUUCAUCUACAACAGCAUAGGAACCAUCAACCAGCAGGCCAUGGACCAACUACAAUAUGUGACAGAGCUGACUGAUCUAAUCAAAUCAAAGUCAUCACCUGAGCGGAGUGACAUAGAUGAUUCAGCUAACUUUGUGGGCUUCUUUCCAACCUUUGUGUGGACCCUGAGGGAUUUCUCUCUGGAGCUGAAAGUUAAUGAAGAUUCUAUCACUCCUGAUGACUACCUCAAGAGUUCACUGGCUCUGAGAAAAGGAACUGAUAAGAAAACUAAAAGGUUUAAUGAGCCUCGGCUAUGCAUCAGGAAGUUCUUCCCAAAGAGGAAGUGCUUCGUCUUCGAAAGGCCUGCUCCAACAAAGCAACUUUCUAAACUAGAGACAGUUUCAGAGGACGACCUGAGUGCAGACUUUGUAAAACAAGUUGCAGAAUUCACCUCAUAUAUCUUCAGCUCUUCUGGUGUCAAGACUCUGUCUGGUGGCAUCUUAGUCAACGGGCCACGACUGAGGACUCUGGUGCAGACCUACUUGGAUGCCAUCAGUUGUGGAACUGUGCCUUGUUUGGAGAAUGCAGUGAUGACCCUGGCCCAGAUUGAGAACUCUACAGCUGUGCAGAUGGCAGCUGACUACUACAAUGAGCAGAUGGUCCAGCAACUGAGGCUCCCAACAGACACGCUCCAGGAGCUGCUGGAUGUGCACACAGCCUGUGAGAAGAAAGCCAUUGCUGUCUUCAUGGAGCACUCCUUCAAGGAUGAUGAGCAGGAGUUCCAGAGGAGGCUGGUGGCUACCAUAGAAGAAAGGAAGGAUGCUUUCAUGCAACAGAACGAAUCAGCAUCUCUCAGUCACUGCCGGGCUGAGCUGGAGAAGCUGGCAAAGGCCCUGAAGGAGAGUGUCUCAAGUGGAGAUUUUUCUGUACCUGGUGGGCACAGCCUCUACAUAGAGGCCAGGGAGAAGGUUGAGCAGGGCUAUGAGCAAGUGCCCAGGAAGGGAGUGAAGGCAAAAGAGGUUCUCAAGAGCUUCCUACAGUCACAGGCUAUUGUAGAGAACUCCAUCCUGCAGUCAGACAAAGCCCUUACAGAUGGACAGAGGGCCACAGCAGCUGAGCAGACAAAGAGGGAGGUGGCUGAGAAGGAACGAGAGCUGCUGAGACAGAAAGAGAAGGAGCAAGAGCAAGUGAUGAAAGCUCAAGAGAGAAGCUUCCAAGAAAACAUCGCUAAACUUCAGGAGAAGAUGGAGAGGGAAAGGGAGAUGCUUCUGAGAGAGCAAGAGAAGAUGCUGGAGCACAAGCUGAAGGUCCAAGAAGAACUGCAGGAGGAAGGAUUCAGAAUCAAAUCUGAAAUGUUAAAGAAUGAAAUAAGGCAACUGAGAGAAGAGAUUGAGAUAACUAGAAGCAUAUCCUCACUGUUUUCACAAAUCCUUGACACAGUUGGCGAUGCAUUCAUGAAGGUUUUACCUGGAGUUGGUAAAAUAUGUGGUGCGGGGCUGACAGCUCUCCACUCACUUAUAAAGUAGUCUGAGAGUUCCUGGGGAGGAAUUCAUUAAAAACUAGCCUUCUAUUAUUUUGAUAUAACAAGUCCACGCCUUGUUUUUAAAAUACAUGUGCUACUUUAAUAACCAGUGUUAUAUAAACGAGGUUGGAACUCCCAUGAUUUGUUAAAUAAUCAAAGAGACACCACACUAUUGGAGUUGAGGGUCAGUGUCAGUUCAUCAGCAGUUACAAUCAUGAUUAAAAAUACAAACUGAUGGCUCAAUGAUAUAAGGGUCUGGCACCAUAAAUCUCAUCAAGUUUCGUUGUCAUAAUCUAUGGAGUACAGAGGGAAAUCAGUCAGAAUAUAGAGAAAUUUUUUCUAGAAAGGAUGUAAGUAAAAAAGAAAAAUGGCCCAAUGAAGAAACAUUGGCAAUUGUAUCCUGGUCAUACAGAUAAUUCAUUGUGAAGAGCUCCUGUAUAAAGUAACAAGUAGAUUUUCACAGGACAAAGUAUGAGAAAAAUGUUAAGCUGAUUGGUAAUAAAAGCUGCGCUGAUUAAAGUUA